AUGGUUGGUGCCGAGUUGGAGGAAGUUUAUCCGGAAAUUUCCGAUGACGUCAUGAGUCAUGUGACUGUUGAGAUGGAUUUGGAAUGGAUAGAAUACAAGAAGGUGCACAACAAGACAUACGAUGGCGUUAAGGAGGAAAUGGUCAGACGGCUUUAUUGGGAGGACACUUUGCGAUUCAUUCGAGAACACAACCUGCGCAAUGACAGGGGAGAGGUGACGUACACAGUCGGAGAGAAUCAGUUCGCAGACAUGGCGGAAGACGAGUUCGAGAAGACAAUGCUCCGGGGUCUCAUCGUUCCCGAGGAAGGAGCGGAAGUCUACCCGGAAGCUCUGACAGAGCCAGACCCUUACGCCUCUCUAGAAAUCGAUUGGAGACAGCGAGGGGUGGUGACAUCUGUAAAAAAUCAGGGCUCUUGUGGCUCAUGCUGGGCAUUCUCCGCCCUCGGUUCACUGGAGGCGAUUAUGGUUAAGAACCGUGGGAGGACAACCGAUCUGUCCGAGCAGGAGCUCGUGGACUGUACAAAGGGAAGAUACGGCAACUACGGCUGCGGGGGAGGCUGGAUGACCAACGCAUUCAAGUACAUCCGCAAUGCUAGAGGAGUUAGUACCGAGAAAUGCUAUCCGUAUUCUGGUCAAGACGGCACAUGUAGAUCCCGAAGAUGCAUUGGUGCCUCAAUUCGAGGGUACCGGAACGUUGGCAAGUCUGAACAUUCCCUGGCCAGCUCCUUAUCCCGUGUAGGACCAAUCGCAGUGGCCGCUGACUGCAGCGAUCGAGGCUUCACGUUAUUUAGAAAAGGGAUUUAUUACAACCCGAACUGCCAAGCGAACCAUCUUAAUCAUGCCAUGGUCGCUGUUGGGUACAUAAACAGCUCAGCUGGAAACUACUGGAUCAUUAAAAACAGUUGGGGAACCAAGUGGGGUGACAAGGGAUACGUCUACAUGGCCAAGGAUAAGGGCGACACCUGUGGGCUGAGAAACUUAGCAAGCUAUCCGACACUAUAAAUGGUCGAGUCAGCUACAACAAGCUAUAAACUUUAAAGUCAUAUAUAGCCCGUUUUCUUCUCAACUGUCAUUUUUUAUGACGAAUUUAGUUUAUCUGGUGAAACAUUCAUCGUGUAAUGUAUGCUAUGUAAGCAGUGUUUCCUACAAUCAGUAUUAUUUUCCUGCCUGUUACUGCACGGCGAACAACGAGUGGUAAUACGCUCGUCACACUAACAAAACUGUCGCAGGUUCAAGUACCAAGUACAAACAUUACAACUUGUUUAAUGGAAUAAUUGAAUAUUAUUGUUUUUGUUUGUCUUUUCUAUACAACUUUAUUUUUUUGUAAUUAUAUGGUAUGGUUUUUUUUACUUUUCUGUAUGUGUAAG